AUGCGCGCGAAACUAGUCAUGGCGAACAUUAGCAUUUUUGCAGCUCCACCACUCACCAACUUGGAAGUACCAUCGCUGCUCUUCCGUAGAAGAAUCUGUGUCAAGAACACUUCGAUUCUCAGUUUCGCGGAAACCCAUUUUCUCCGACAGUCGAUUUCGACACGCAUCGUACGGUCUCCGAUUGGGUCCGUCUCAUGCUCAUCGGUCACGGACGAGGCUUCUACUUUCAGAGAUCGACCGCUAGGAGAAAAUGGUUGUUCUGAAGAGCUAAAAGUUCGAACCUUGACAUGGAAGUGGAAAGGUUACUCGAUAAGGUAUCAGUGUGCUGGAAUUAGUGGCCCUGCUUUGGUCUUGGUUCAUGGCUUCGGUGCUAACAGUGACCAUUGGAGGAAGAACACACCUAUUCUUGGGAAAUCACAUAGAGUGUACUCAAUCGACCUUAUCGGAUAUGGAUACUCCGAUAAACCGAAUCCUAAUGAGUUUGGAGGAGAACCCUUCUACACAUUUGAGACAUGGGGUGAGCAACUCAAUGACUUCUGUCUGGAUGUGGUGAAAGAUGAAGCCUUUUUUAUAUGCAACUCUAUCGGAGGACUUGUUGGUCUUCAGGCAGCAGUAAGUAAACCAGAGAUGUGUAGAGGGCUUAUGCUUAUAAACAUAUCUCUCCGGAUGCUUCAUAUCAAGAAACAACCAUUGAUUGGAAGACCUUUCAUCAGAUCAUUCCAGAAUUUACUUAGGAAUACUCCAGUUGGAAAACUUUUUUUCAAGAGCAUUGCUAAACCAGAGGCAAUAAGAAGCAUUCUUCGUCAGUGUUACCAUGAUAGCUCGCAAGUGACGGAUGAACUAGUUGAGGCAAUUCUACGGCCAGGGCUUGAGCCUGGUGCGGUUGAUGUCUUCCUUGAAUUCAUCUGUUACUCUGGUGGACCGCUUCCAGAGGAUUUACUCCCACAGGUCAAGUGCCCGGUUCUGAUUGCAUGGGGAGAGAAAGAUCCAUGGGAGCCAAUCGAGCUUGGACGAGCGUAUGGCGAUUUUGAUGCAGUUGAAGAGUUCGUUGUUCUUCCUGAUGCCGGCCACUGUCCUCAGGACGAGAAGCCGGAGAUGGUGAACCCACUUAUCGAAUCAUUCGUUGCGAGACAUUCAAAUUCCAAUACAGCCGUUGCUGCAGACAUUUGA